AUGGCAAGUAACAAUGAAAAAGUUUAUUUGCUUUUAGUUUAUGGUGAAUAUCAGCGUAAUUCACGGAAUACCGCUAGACUUUAUGCAGAACGAUAUCCUGAACGAUAUCACCCUCCUUACAAUUACUUUGUCCGAAUUGAAUUGUUUUUGAGAAAUAGUGGUAAGCUACCUGCAAGACAAGGUAUUUAUCGGCGAAAUCAAAGACAGGUGAUUGGAGAGGCAAACAUACAGGACGAAUCUCAGGUAUUAGCAUAUGUUCAAUUAAACCCUCGAUCUUCGAUUAGGCCUGAUUUAGUACAAAAGUUGGUACCAGGUAAUUCUAAUCGUAGACUUAUAUUUAUUGCAUGUUUUAUGGUGCAAUUACACGACGAUCCUAAUUUUUUACAAUUUAUCUGUUGGACCGACGAAUCUAAGUUUAUCAACAACGGUAUGAUUAAUAAACAAAAUAACCGGUAUUGGGCUGAUCACAAUCCAUAUUGGAAGACUGGUACAAAUCACCAAACAGUUUGGGAAAAGAUUAGAAAUAAUGUAUUUUUUCAACAAGAUGGAGUGCCUGCACAUAAUACAAUUGUUUUAAGAGAGUAUUUACAAAAUAAAUUAGGCAAUCGAUGGAUUUGUACAUACGAAGCAGUAGCAUGGCCACCGAGAUCUCCAGAUCUCACGCUAUUAGAUUUUUUUCUGUGGGGGCAUUUGAAGAAUGUAGUGUAUACAACUCCACCUUUAAAUGUUCAAGAUCUUAAAAAUAAAAUCGUAAAUUCUUUUGCAGAACUUACAAAGAAACAGAUAUUAGCAGCUACUCAAAUAGAAAUGAUUCGUCGACUUCAAUCAUGCAUGGAGAAUGAUGGACUAAAUUUUGAACAAUUUAUUAGAUAG